CACUUCUCGAUGUACAGUUACUCGCAGCGGACAACUUUUUGCCUUUUGUUGGAGUUUGUUUGCUCAACGGAAAUGCUUGUGGGUUUUUAAAGGAACUAUUGAGCACAGUGUUGUUUGGUUACCGUGGCCAUUAUGUCAGUAACCCGCCGAGCAGCCUUCCAGGGACCAGGGCUGUACCCCCUUUAAAGGGCGGCAGCUGCACUGGCUGCUGGGAUGCUACGGAAGAGCAGCAGCAGCAGUAGUGGUGGCAGUGGGACAAAUCACACCCAGGGUCUGCCACGACACCUCUCCAAAACCCUCACAGGAUCUCUGUCAGCCGGAUCCACCAAGACCUUGGAUAUGGGCCGCAGCUCGAAGAACCCCAACCCUCUGAGCAGCAUGGGGCUAUCGUCUCAGCUGGUGGGAGCACCAGGAGUGGACCCGGAGUAUGUAAUGCAGCUGGUUAAUGACGUGCGGUGGUUCGCCGAUGUGCUGCUCAACCUCAAGGAUGCUUUCCAGUGUAAAGAAAAUCUGGAAGGUCUUCAGCAAGUGGUGCAGGAACGUUUGGCAGAGUUACUUCGUGUCCUCAAGGCUGUUAUUGGCAAACACCAGACCCUGAACUCUGUGGACAUCCUGGGAGCGGCCGGCACGGUCAUUGCCAAGGUCAAAGGCGUUAACUUCAAGGAAGUGAACCCUGAAAACAAAACGGCUAUAUUUGGCGAGAUACACACAUCCAUUGACACUUUGGCUUUCACAUUCGGCAAUGUAGUUUCUGACUUCCUUAUGGGAGAUGUGGACAGCGGCACAGGGUUGGGGAUCCCCCAGACCAGGAGAAGCAGGUCUUAUGACAACCUCUCUGUGGAUCCUGAGGGAUAUGUUUCAGAGAAAAGUGACCUUGUGGGCCCAGAGGUGCUGUUGUCACGGGAGGAGGAAGUUGACUUGACCCUGCUGAAGAAUGACAGCGGGGUGGAGUCUGCUCUUCUCUACGCCAAGGCCUGGUCCAAGUAUAUCAAAGACCUUUUGGUCUGGAUGGAGAAAAGAAUGGCCAUGGAUAUUGAAAAUGCUAAAAGUUAUGCCAAAAUGGCUGAGUCUGCAAAGACACUGGCCAGUCAACAGGAUUACAUGCCAUUCAGUGAUAUCUACAUUUCCACAUUCAAGAAGGACAUUGAAUACAACCAGCUGCUUAUUCAAACUUCAAUGGCUCUUCAAACCAACAAAUUCAUACAGCCUCUUCUGGCUCGCAAGAAUGAACUGGACAAGCUGAGGAAAGACAUAAAGGAGCAGUGGCAGAGGGAACAAAAGAAAAUGCAAGAGGCAGAUGCAACCUUGCGUAAGGCACGAGCCUUGAAGGCCCAGAGGAGAGAGGAGUACCAGAAAGCCCACUCAUCUACCAACCGCUCCCAGGAGGAGCAGUCUAAUAAUACCGCUAACAAACAGCUGGAGAAGAAGAGGAGGCUGGAGGAGGAGGCUCUGCAGAAGGUAGGCAGGGAAGAAGAUAAAGGCGGGAAAAUGGCGGAGGAAGCCCAGGACCAGUACCAGAGCUGUAUGGCUGACGCAGGCGUCAGGAGGCUGGAUCUAGCUAACACGAAGAGCACCAUCCUCACACAGAUCCGAGAGAUGGUCUUUCAGUGUGACCUCACACUCAAAGCUGUGACCGUGAACUGGUUUCAGAUGCAGCAGGCGCAGACUGUGUCGCUCCCUCCCCACUACCAGGCCCAGAGCGACAGUGCCAAGUUGUACGAACCGGGUGAAUGCUAUGCUGAAUUUGUCCGGAACCUGCCCAAAAAUCUUCCCAAAGAGCGCCUGCACUCUGACUCCAUCUCCUCUGACAACACCAGGUUUGUGUUCAAAAGAUCAGUGGGCAGCACUCAUUCCUCCCAUGGCAACCUGUCGCAGGCAUCUAUCACCUCCUGUGAUGUGCUGAGCGGAGACGAAGUGGACGUUCCCUUACACCGGCCAGCAAAGAUCAGCGAGCGGCGGUCCAACAGUAGCACAGACAUACAAGCGCUGAGAAGUCAGGCCCCGCUGAGAUCCUGGGCCUCCAGUAGUCAGGGAAGCCAGGGCGGGAUGUGCAGUGACUCGGAGAGUGCCGGAGGCAGCAGCGAGUCGAGGUCCAUGGACUCCCCCACCGCCAGUCCAGGUGACUUCAAGCGACGGCUGCCCAGGACUCCCUCUACUGGAACAAUGUCUUCUGCUGAUGACUUGGAUGAGAGGGAGCCACCAUCACCCUCAGACAAUGGUCUGGCAGAAAUGGUGACAGAGACUGCCAGUUCUCCGGGUCCUUUCCGAAAUGCUCAGAUGUCCAAAGCUGCUCAAACCCACAAGCUGAGAAAACUGCGAGCGCCUUCUAAAUGCAGGGAGUGUGACAGUCUGGUCGUUUUCCAUGGAGCUGAGUGUGAGGAGUGCUCCCUGGCCUGCCAUAAGAAGUGUCUAGAGACUCUUGCUAUCCAGUGUGGCCAUAAAAAGCUGCAAGGCAGACUACACCUGUUUGGUAUUGACUUUACCCAAGCAGCAAAAAACAGCUCAGAUGGUAUCCCCUUUAUCAUCAAGAAGUGCACGUCUGAGAUAGAGAGUCGAGCCCUCAACAUCAAGGGGAUUUAUCGUGUAAAUGGAGCCAAAUCACGUGUUGAGAAGCUCUGUCAAGCAUUUGAAAAUGGGAAGGACUUGGUUGAACUAUCUGAACUCUCACCUCAUGACAUCAGCAAUGUCCUCAAACUCUACCUGAGACAGUUACCAGAGCCAUUGAUCCUGUAUCGAUACUACAACGACGUCAUUGGCUUGUCCAAAGAGUGUCAGAGAGUGAUAGUGGAGGAGGCUGAUAAACGACAGACCACGCAGACAGAAGAGAAAGUCGGUCCAAGCAUACAGCUCAACAGAGUCAUUUUCAAGAUCCGAGAUCUGCUCCGCCAGUUGCCCACAGCCAACUACAGGACUCUGCGCUACCUUAUAGCACACCUGAACAGAGUGACAGAGCAGGCGGAAGAGAACAAGAUGACUGCGAGUAACCUGGGCAUUAUCUUUGGCCCCACACUGGUGAAGCCACGGCAGACAGACGCAGAGGUGUCCUUGUCCUCCCUGGUGGACUACCCCUACCAGGCCCUGAUGGUGGAGCUGCUGGUGCGAAACUUCCAAACGGUGUUUGACGUCUCGACUCUGCCUGGCUCCGACAUCGCCACCGCUGGCCAAGGGUCCCCCAGACUCACCCCUCAAGAGAAGCUGCAGCGGCUCAGCAGACACUCCACCUCUCUGAUGGACAUCAAAGAGAGUGCCAAAGCGUACAAAAGAUACUCAUCAGUGAUCCCAUCCUCACACAUCCUGGACGAGGUGCAGGAGGUCCAGCCAGGAACAGACAGAACAGGGGUCUCGGUCGUGGAUGGACUCAAUGGGAUCCAGACAUCUAGUGGAGGAGAUGUCCAGAGGUCAACCUUAGUGUUUGGCCGUCCCAGCACCAUCAUACCUCCCACUACCAACGUGGCACCAAAGGUCCAGCUACGCACGCAGCGCACCAGAAACGUGUCUCGGCCGAUCAGCAUGCCGCUGGAACGUCUCCCCAACCCUGCUCAGAUCAGCGAGAGGAAUAAUCGAAACACUGCUGCUAAUGUUGACGCAACCUCCUCUGACCGGGACGUCGUGGCCGAAACUAUACAGGAGAUUCCAGAGCCAGAAAAGGCACGCCAGUGUGGCUCAUCCAGAGUAAGCACCUACUACAUCACGCCUUUCAUUGACACACAGACAAUGCAGAGGAGAACGUGGGACAGGAAGUACAAGCACUAUGAUGUUACACCCAGGACUGCUAUGAUUGUGGCCAACCUGCCGUCUGCCAGCUCUGGAGUGCAACCUAUAAAGGCAACGGUGCCUGUCACUCUUAACCCAACUGUAACCACUGCCUCUGUGGUCUCAACCACAUCUAGUUUGAGCACCGUAUUCUCCACCAACCCCUACACUAUGCCGGUCAAGCCUGUCUGGACUUCUAAAAGGGAAAAUGACACAGAUAAUUCAGUCAGUGAAUCUAGCAGCUCACCAAACCUUCCACUAACACUCAGGGCACCGAGGACUCUGCAGCCUCCUCCUGGAACUUUCUACAAGCCCCCUGUUUCCAUUAACAGCAGAGCUAGGACGCUACCAAACUGGACUACUACUGUUACGACCAUUACCACCACCACCACCACCCCUUCACUUGCCCCGAUCAACCCUGGACACGUAGUCACCCCGUCCCCUGCCCUUGUAAGCCCCCCACAGACACGGCUCCAGACGCAGGACUCCACCGACAGUGCCAUUGACCCUGAGGGCUCGACCUCCGCUACCCUUUCACCCCCCCAGUCCCCACCCCCAAGCAGCCCUGACGACCUCAGCCCCAGUGAGACUAAACCCGUCUACCAAAGACUGCGACCUCGGCGGCUGCAGGAGCUUGAGCACAGAGAGGCUCAUUUUGUCUGAUGCCAAAAAAAAACAUAUCUGUAAAUAUUAAUGUAUCUGUGCCAUAGUGUAAACUGGGGGAACAUUUUUAUCAAUGAGCUGAGAGUGGGAAAAUAUAAAGGCCUGUGAAAAUAAACCAUGAAAGUGUUAUAAGUACUAAUAUAUUCUAUUUUACACAUUGAAGUCGUAGUGUCACGAAGACGAGAAGAGUGGGAUCAACAUGAAUGUUUAGUCUCAUGUUCUUAAAUAACAAAUAUGUGAAUAGUCUGUUUUUAUGUCAAAGAAAAUUUACCAACCACAAAAUGGAUUUCUGUCUGUAAAGAAUUGUAAGCCUAUCAUUUUCUUUGUUGUUUUGUUUUUAUUUGAUUUGUUCCAAAAUAUUUUAUUGUAAUCACACAAUGCACUUAAUACAGGUUCAAAUUCUAAUGUUGCCUUUAUUGUUAAAAUUUGCUCAAUUUUUGUGUUUUAUUCCACAAGGAGUAGAUUGAAGUAUUUUUAACAUGAGGUUCUUAAUUAUAAAGAAUUCAGCUUUUUUACCUUUUUGAAUUUUCCAUCGUAGCCUGUGAUUGGUACAUUUUUUCUCAGUAUGUAAGCCUUAUGUAUCUGUUUACGUUUUUUAUAUCUAUACUUACAUACUGCAUGUUCAUCACGGUAACUUUGUCUCAUCGCAAUAUCGUGACUAUACAGCAGAAAAAUGACAUGCAACAGUUGCAAAUUGCUGCAAAUUAAAAAAUAUAUAUAGUUUAAACUGUUA